CACGCAGGGAUCGCCAUGGCCCGCCGCCGCCGCCGGGCCUGCAUCGCGCUGUUCCUGGUGCUGCUCUUCGCCUUCGGCACCCUCAUGGGCCUGCGCACGCUCAAGGCUCCGGACGGACUCCCGGCGCUGGGCCCCGGCCUGGAGCUGGCGCCCUUCGAGCGCCGCCCGGAGGGGGCUCCCGCGCCCGCGCCCGCAGCCCGCGCCCCGGCCGCCCCGGCCGCGCCGCCGCCGCCCCAGCCGCCGCCGCCCCGCACGGCCGGCCCCGGGAGCCCCCCGGCGCAGCCCCCCGCGGAGGCCGAGGCCGAGGCCGAGGCCGAGCCCGCCCCGGCCCAGAGCCUGCGCGUCUACUCGGACCUGCACGCCUUCUACUACUCCUGGUACGGGAGCCCGCGCCGCGAGGGCCACUACGUCCACUGGGACCACGUCAUGGUGCCGCACUGGGACCCCAAGAUCUCGGCCAGCUACCCCCGCGGCCGCCACAGCCCCCCCGACGACCUGGGCUCCAGCUUCUACCCCGAGCUGGGCCCCUACAGCUCCCGGGACCCCGACGUGUUGCGAGCGCAUAUGACACAGCUCAAGGAAGCCGCUAUCGGUGUCCUGGUCCUGUCAUGGUACCCACCUGGCAUGGCUGAUGAUAAUGGAGAACCCUCAGACGAUUUGGUGCCUGCCAUUCUGGACACUGCUCAUCAGUACAAUAUCCAGGUGGCCUUCCAUAUCCAACCCUACAAGGGCCGGAAUGACGUCACUCUGCAUGACAACAUUAAGUACAUCAUUGACACAUAUGGCUCCCAUGGUGCAUUUUACCGCUAUAAGAACAGCAUGGGCAAGAGCCUCCCUCUCUUCUACAUAUAUGACUCAUAUUUGACAGCUCCUGAGGCUUGGGCCCACCUCCUGACACCAAAUGGACCCCACUCAAUUCGAAACACCCCCUAUGAUGGGGUCUUCAUAGCACUCCUGGUGGAAGAAGGCCACACCCACGACAUCCUGGCUGCUGGAUUUGAUGGCAUGUACACCUACUUUGCCUCAAACGGGUUCUCUUUCGGCUCCUCUCACCAGAAUUGGAAAGCAGUGAAGAAUUUCUGUGAUGCAAAUAACCUCCUGUUCAUUCCCAGUGUGGGGCCCGGCUACAUUGACACCAGCAUCCGGCCCUGGAACAACCACAAUACACGGAACAGAGUCAACGGCAAGUACUAUGAGACAGCCCUGCAGGCAGCCUUGACAGUGAGGCCUGAGAUUGUCUCCAUCACCUCUUUCAAUGAAUGGCAUGAAGGAACCCAGAUAGAAAAGGCUGUUCCCAAGAAGACACCAACACGUCUUUAUUUGGACUAUUUGCCUCAUCAGCCCAGCCUGUAUCUGGAGCUCACUCGCCGCUGGGCAGAGCACUUCAUCAAAGAGAAGGAGCAGUGGCUGAUGUGAGAGGCCUGCAAAUGGGCCUGAGGUGCUGAUGUCUGGGCCUUAGCGGAAGCCACAUGGGUCUCCACUGAGGUGUAGGCACUUGCUCUUCUCCAAGUCACAGCUGGGUGCUUCUGAGUGGGCCCCCAAGCCUAAGUCCCCACAGAACAAAGCCUGUUCCUCAGGCAGAUGGUGCUGGCAUGCUCUGCAGUGAUAGAAAACCAGGCAGCAUUCCAGACAGAAUUGCAGAGGCUGGCAGGUGAUUGGACUCAGCCCAGGGCAGCACUACAUUGUGUCAGAACACUUAAAACAGCUUCUAGAUUUGAACUUGGUGGUUUGGUGUUGACGAAUUGCCUGGUUGCUAACCUUGGAAGGGAGCUAGCGUUCUGGGCUAGCAUGUACCCUGUCUCUACUAGUCUACAUCCUCCCUCCAGGCCUAUUUCUCAUGAAGUCUGGCUUCUAAGUUUGGGAAUCCUACUUAAGACUUCCUUAAAAGAAAAUCCAUGAUUUAAGCUCUUUCCAGUAGAUUUCUGAACCUGUCAGGAAAUAAUCCUAAGUAUUCAUAUAAACUAAUCAAGCACCUGUGUGGUAGGUGCUAGAGGAAAACCAAGGCAUUGGUCCUGCUUUCCUAAAGGUUACAGGAUCCCGUAUUUCUUUUUUUUUGUACGACCUUGUAGCUGGUGCCUGAGCACAGCUAUAAGCUUUACUUCUUUGCAAUCUAAUUCAUGCAGAACGUUAUUUUUCCUCUAAGAAAAUACCUCUGUGCUGUUGAGUGUACAUUUGCCCAAAUCAAUGUUUAUUUUCAAGAAAAUGGCAACCCUGUCCAUUUAGCUACCCACAGAGAGGCCCAUUCGCCAGAGCCACAAAUACCAAGAUUUGUAUUAGAUAUGAUGUACACUCAAGUACACAUACGUUCCUCUGAGUCCAGUCAGAUCCUUCAGUGAAAAUCUGUAACAAAUGGAUAAAUGGGACAGGCUGGCUCUAGAGCUUGCUUCAGAAGUUAAACAGGUAUUCUCCAGUAACAAAUCACUACUUAGCAUUUGAUACUUAGGAGCCAUUUAAAAAGUACAUGCCCUGGGAACCACUUUACUGAGCUCAAGACUGAAACCCAAUUGAGGAAAACUAGGCUGCAAGAGGGGAGGGUCCAUGAGAACACAAGUCAGUCACAAGAAU